UUCUUCGUGUUCUUGAAACAAAAGCCGAAACUGAAACAAAAACAUGAAGAGUUUUUUGGUUUUCCUGCUGUUUGCCUUCAUCCUUUGUGGCCAGUGCAACCUGUUGCUGGCGAAGUCCUGCAAGACGCUGCUAGGCGAAUUGGGCGACGGGCAGAUGUAUUUUAUCUACUGUGCCACAACAAAGUCGGUGCCCGUUAAAAUUUGCGUUGGAUGCGACUUGGAGUACCACAACCUCGUCGGCCUUUAUAACAAUCUCAUGGCGAACGAGAACUGUUCCAAGCUGUAUCUAGACUCGGACAGGAUCAACAUUGUGCCCACCACGCAGGGCAUCCUCACGAAUCUCUGGGAAAAGGCCAACUGCGAUGAUUGCAAAAGGGCUAAUAAUUCAUACAAUUACGACCAUUACUCCACAAUUUUUGAUGGCUGCUUGGCCCGUAACAAGGACGACGUUUGCAAUGCCUGCAAGGUGGACUAUCUGAAUUUGAACACCUUUUACAAGGACAUGGAGAAGGCGAGCAAGGGCCAAGUGUGCUUCGAUCUGCAGGAUAAUAUGAACCGCACCCGCCUCAACUGGUCUAAAACCCUGAAAUGCUGCCAGCGAGAAAGCAAGCUGAAUAACUUUCUCAUCGCCGUGGCCGUGGUUGUCCUGCUGCCCAUUGUCACCUUCUAUGUCACAGCAAUUGUUGUGACCAAGCGCCGGGAAGCCAACCAUGGUUUGCUCAACGAGCAGGAACCCGAGUUGGAUGCUCCUUCCACUACCACGAUUAUAAGCGCUGCUGUACUGUCCACUCGCAGUGCCGAACCCGCUGAAGUCUCGGCCACUACGGAGAAGAUAGCCAAUGUGCUGAAUCAAGCCAGUGCUGAGCUUUCGGAUGAUUCCAGCAACGACGAGAGACCCAAUUUGAGGCAAAAGCAAGCAGCUCAUCCCAACUUGGAAUUGGAUUCCAGCAGCAGCGAUGAAGAGCCAUUGAGACAGAAAGUGUUACGCAAAGCGGCUGCUAAUCCGCAAUCGGAUAGCUCCAGUGAUGAUGAGCCCCUGGUGAAACCGAAAAGAGCUUAGGGGAACCAAAGAAAGGCACUCGAUGGUAAGAUGAAAGCAACAGUAAAAGCUUGCCUUUUACUCUUAUUUUUCACAUUUAAGCUGCUCAUGACUAUAUCUAAGGAAAAACUCAAGUUGAUAUAUUUUUCUAUAUAGAAAUGCAUAAGCCAUAUAAUAUGUACAUAUGUGAUAACACAAUAAAGUACCAAACAUUUUAUAUA